GAACGUAGAAGAGUAACAUUUAUCGAUUCUCUCUUGACACUUGUGCAUCGCCCUGAACGAGCAGGUUUUGUCCAGGUUUGGGUAACCAUGGAGUUAGACAAAACUGUUGUUGCUCUCAAGGAAUGGAUCAAUGAACAAAGUGAAAUCCCAGAAACACCAGAUGCAGAUUUGAAGCUGUUUGCUCAUGUGGCAAAUGAAGACCUAGAAACAGCAAAGAGACUUAUCUUCAACUAUUACUCACAUAGACUCAAUGGUUAUGAAGCUCUAUUCAAAGAUCGUGACAUUGACAAUGAUUCUCUCACUAACAUUAGAAAUGUUUUUGAAACCUUCAUAUGCCCCAAACCAACCCCUGAGGGUUGCAAAAUUCUGAUCAGUCAUGCACUCACCUCAGACACCAAGAACUAUGACAUGAUUGCUCAGAUGAAGUACUUUGUUAUGACUCUGGAGGCUAGCUUGAUAGAUGAAGACUUAGGACCUGGCCAUGUCGUCAUCUUUGACAUCUCCACCCUCACCACAGGCCACAUCCUCAAGUUCAGUCCCAGUGGUAUCAAGAAAACCAGCAACUACUUGCAGGAGGGGAUUCCAUUGAAGAUUCAGAAUGUCUACUUGGUCAAUGCUUCUCCAGUGGUGGACAUAAUGAUGAAAACUGCAAAACCUUUCAUUAAUAUGGAUCUACUAAAACGAACUCAUAUCUACAGAUCAGGCGAUAUGGAAAAGUUGUAUGAACAUGUCCCUAAGAGUUGUUUGCCUGAAGAGUAUGGCGGAUAUUUGGGACCCUCUUCUGCUAUAAACGAAGAAAAUACUGCAAAACUUCGUAAAUUGAAAGAGAAAUUCACCCAAGAGGAGGAUAUCUUAAAGACAAUGAAAGAGAAGGGGAAUUCAUAAAAUUUAUAUCAAAAGUAAAGUAGGUGAGAAAAAUAAUAUUUUAAGCUUUUGCAUCAAGAUUUAUUUGUGCUACUAAAAUGCCUGGUAUCAAAAUGUGAUAUAUUGAAUUUAUAUGACACAUGUUUUAACAUUCACUAUAUUGAAAAUUAAAGUUUUAUUUUUAUAUCA